AGUGUUGCAACUGGGUCUGGCAUGUUUCAGUGUGGUGUCCAGCAGUGUCUCCCACUCCUUGUGAAGUCUGAGGUUGCAAAAGGACUGUGAUCAUGAGGAUCAUCCAGAAUUCCAACUCGAAAUUCUCAGAAAACAGGACCUUGAUGUGAGAGGAGCAGGUUCAGGUAAACAAAGGGCCCCACAUCUCCUGCCCUUCUGCCCACACUCCUGCCUGUUUUGCCUGACCACAGCCAUCAUGCCUCGGGGUCAUAAGAGUAAGCUCCGUGCUCGUGAGAAACGCCGCAAGGCACGAGAGGAGACCCAGAGUCUCAAGGCUGCUGAGGCCACUGCAGCAGAGAAAGAGGAGUGCCCCCCCUCUCCUGUUUUGGGGGAUACUCCCGCAAGCUCCCCUGCUGCUAGCAUGCCCCAGAAGCCUCAGGGAGCUUCACCCACCACCACUGCUGCUGCGGCUGUGUCAUGCACCGAAUCUGAUGAAGGUGCCAAAAGCCAAGGUGAGGAAAAUGCAAGUUCCUCCCAGGGCACAACAUCCACUGAGAAGUCAGUCAAAGAUCCUGUAGCCUGGGAAGCAGGAAUGCUGAUGCAUUUCAUGCUACAUAAGUAUAAAAUGAGAGAGCCCAUUAUGAAGGCAGAUAUGCUGAAGUUUGUUGAUGAAAAGUACAAGGAUCACUUCCCUGAGAUCCUCAAUAGAGCCUCUCACCGCUUGGAGCUGGUCUUUGGCCUUGAUUUGAAGGAAGACAACCCUAGUGGCCACACCUACACCCUCGUCAGCAAGCUAAACCUCACCAAUGAUGGAAACCUGAGCAAUGAUUGGGACUUUCCCAGGAAUGGGCUUCUGAUGCCUCUCCUGGGUGUGAUCUUCUUAAAUGGCAACUCUGCCACCGAGGAAGAGAUCUGGAAAUUCAUGAAUAUGUUGGGAGCCUAUGAUGGAGAGGAGCACGUAAUCUAUGGGGAGCCCCGGAAGUUCAUCACCCAAGAUCUGGUGAAGGAAAAAUAUCUGAAGUACAAGCGGGUGCCCAACAGUCAUCCCCCACGCUAUCAAUUCCUGUGGGGUCCAAGAGCCUACACUGAAACCACCAAGAUGAAAGUCCUCGAGUUUCUGGCCAAGGUGAAUGGUACCACUCCCCGUGACUUCCCAUCCCAUUAUGAAGAGGCUUUGAGAGAUGAGGAAGAGAGAGCCCGAGUCCGAUCCAGUGUUAGAGCCAGGCGUCGCACUGGUGCCGCAACUUUUAGAGGGCGUUCUAGAGCCGCAUUCAGCAACUCCUCCCAACCCAUGUGAGAAUUAAGGCAGAUUGUUCACUUUGUUUUUGUGGCAAGAUGCCAACCUUUUAAAGUAGAAGCCAAGAUAGGGCUAGAGAGAUCAUAACAUAUAUCUUCUUUGUGUUCCUGUUAAACAUUAGUAUCUUUCAAGUGUUUUUCUUUUAAUAGAACGUUUAUUUAGAGUUAGGAUCUAUGUCUAUGAGCGACAUGGAUCACACAUUUAUUGGUGCCGCCAGCUUUAAGCAUAAGAGUUUUGAUAUUCUGUAAUACAUUUUUGAAAUCCUUGAAUCUUUUUUGGGUUCAAGAAGAAGAAAGUAUAGCUUUAGAAUAGAGAUUUUCUCAGAAAUGUGUGAAAGAACCUCACACAACGUAAUUGGAGUCUUAAAAUAGAGGAAGAGUUAGCAAAGCAUGUCAAGUUUUUGUUUUCUGCAUUCAUUCACUUUUGUUUUUGUAAAAUCCAAAGAUACAUACCUGGUUGUCCUUAACCUUUUCAAGAAUGCAGAUAAAAUAAAUUGUAA